CUUAAAGAUGAAUUUAUCAGCAAAGAGUUGUCAGAACUUGGGAAGGACUUUCCAUCAAAAAUAUCCUCAUUAUAUCUCUCAUGGGUGUGGCAGGGACACCUAUAUCUUACGGAAUAAUGGAGGAUUUUGUCUUGAAGAAUCUAGAGCUAAAGCUAGCAGUACCCUUUUCACCAAGGUCAGAAGCGAUAUUUCCCCAGUCCCAAAUAAGGAAGCUGGAAGCUUUAAGUAUAUAUCUGAUGGCAAUGGUAGGGAUUACUACAUCACUCACAAUUCUGGUAGACUCCAGGCUCAUUACAUGCCAGGAGGAAAACCCCAAACCAUGUUUUCUAAACAAGUCUAAGGAGUGAUGAGAAGAGGACCAAGACUUUUAGGUACCUGGAUCAGAAGGAGCUCCAAAAGAUCAAAAGGGACUUGCUUGUGCAGAAAGAUCUCAUUCAUAGACUCACUUGCUCAGGUCAGGAAUGGAAAGAACUAUCAAAGAAAAAUGCAAGAAUAUGACCAUUAAAAUAGAAGACCAUGUCUUUGAGAGCACUGGUAAAGCUAUUAAGUUAUCUCAACCCCACAGCUAAUCAAGAAUCAGAUUACGGGGGAUUUUAAUUUACUCUCUACCAAAAGAAAUAGUCAAACAAACGACAGGAUCCAAAAUGAAUUUUUAAAGGGAAAAUUACAGAAGAAUCCUAAAGGUCGUAGAUCAAGCAUUGGAACCUCACACCACUAUGUCAUGAAUAAGGAGCAUCACAAGAAACUAGAUUUGAUAAAACAAAGUGCAGGAAGUUAUCAACUACAAGGAGAUCUCUGCCAUCACUGA